AUGGAUGAUGAAUUCGCGAAGCUUAUUAGGAGGGUUAAUCUACCCAGGGUCGUAAUUGACAACGAUUCAUGUGAGGGUUCAACUGUAAUCCAGGUUGACAGUGUCAAUAAGCAUGGAAUCCUUCUUGAAGUUGUUCAAGUGCUAACUGAUUUGAACCUUGUUGUUACAAAAGCACACAUCUCAUCUGAUGGGGGAUGGUUCAUGAAUGUGUUCAAUGUGAUUGAUCAUGAAGGGAAGAAAAUAAGAGAUGAAGAGGUUAUCAACUAUAUCCAGAGGAGACUUGAAAAUGCUGAUGGCUCAGUACCAUCUCAGAGAGGGUCCGUUGGUUUGGUUUCUUCUGAAGAGAGCACAUCCAUCGAGCUAACAGGAACAGAUAGGCCAGGUUUAGUGUCUGAAGUGUGUGCUGUUCUCACUGAUCUUCACUGUAAUGUGGUGAAUGCUGAGAUAUGGAUGCAUAACACUAGAGCUGCAGCGGUGGUUCAGGUGACUGAUGACACUACGGGGUGUGCAAUUGAAGACAGGAAACGUCUUGCUAUAAUAAAGGAGAUGCUUUGCAAUGUGCUUAAAGGAAAUAAUGAUCUCAAGACUGCAAAAAUGACACUUUCUCCUCCCGGGAUAACUCACAGGGAAAGAAGAUUACACCAGAUUAUGUUUGCUGAUCGGGAUUAUGAUAAGGUUGAAAGACAUGAAGGGACCAGAGUUGAUGAUAGAAGUUCCAGACCUCAUGUAAUUGUGUCCGAUUGUGCCGAAAGAGAUUACACAGUCAUUACAAUGAAGUCAAAAGACCGACCCAAGCUGUUGUUUGAUAUUGUCUGCACUCUAACUGACAUGCAGUAUGUUGUUUUUCACGGAGUAGUACUCACCGGGAGAAUGGAAGCAUAUCAGGAAUACUAUAUUCGACAUGUUGAUGGAGUUCCUAUAAGCUCAGAAGCUGAGAGAGAACGUGUCAUGCUGUGUCUAGCAGCAGCCAUUGAAAGGCGAGCCUAUGAGGGACUGGAAUUAGAAUUUUGCACUGAGGAUAGACUUGGACUUCUAUCAGAUAUUACAAGGAUAUUAAGGGAAAACAGUUUGUGUAUCAAACGAGCAGCAAUUUCGACAAAGGGUGGCAAAGCAAGAGGCACUUUCUACGUGACAGAUGGGACAGGUAACCCAGUUGAUCCUAAGGUACUCGACUCCAUUCGCAGACAGAUUGGACAAGGUAUUUUGCAGGUCAAAUGGAACUCAAGUUCAGCAAACCCACAGAACGAGAAUACAUUUAGCUACCUAUUCGGGAGCUUCUUCAAAGCUCUCUUACUCUUAGACUAG